AUGCCGCAACCUCACCUUUGGAAACGCAGCGAAGUCAUUGACGCCCUUGAUCAGCCGAUCUCGAACCCGUACCAAGUCCUGCGUCCCACUGACGCGUCGGUGAAGCCAAACAAGCAUGCACCAGAUCCAAUGAAGUGGCUGGAAGAGAAUUCGAACAACAAGUACGCGGAGACGGCAAAAGAGAGAGACUUCUGGCGAUCGGUUCCUGCGUGGGGCAAGCACAUUUCGCCCAAGCCUCGUGCGGCCCUUAUCUCGUUGGUGAGGAACUCGGAGCUCGAGGGGCUGAUGCAGAGUAUGCGGCAGUUGGAGUAUCAUUGGAAUAGGAAAUAUAACUAUCCAUGGGUUUUCUUCAAUGAUGAAGAGUUCAGCGAUGAAUUUAAGGCAGCGACCCAGAAUCUCACCAACGCUCAAUGCUACUAUGAGGUCGUUCCACAAGAGCACUGGUCCCUACCCGACUGGAUUGACGAAGGACGAUUUAUGAACAGCCUCGAGUAUCUAGGCGCGAUCGGCGUAGGCAAAGGCUGGAUGGUAAGCUACCGACACAUGUGCCGCUGGAAUAGUGGCUUCUUCUACAAACAUCCCCGUCUUAAGGAUUUCGAUUGGUACUGGCGAGUAGAGCCGGACGUCCACUUCUUCUGCUCCAUCGACUACGAUAUCUUCCGCUUCAUGCGCGAUAACAACCUCAAAUACGGCUUCAACAUGAAUAUCCUCGACGAUGCGCGCUCCUUCCCCUCCCUCUGGUCCCGCACCCGCUCCUUCAUAAACGCCCACCCGGAGCACAUCCACCCUGACGCUGACCUCGACUGGCUCCUCGACAACGACUCGCCCUCCUCAUCCUCCUCCGCCACGUUUUCCAGCGCUGGCGGCGGCGGCGGCAGUGGCGAAUACAACAAUUGCCAAUUCUUCUCCAACUUCGAAGUCGGUUCCCUUGCCUUCUUCCGCUCCGCAGCCAACGAAGCCUACUUCAAUUGGCUCGAUCGAGCCGGCGGGUUCUACUACGAGCGCUUCGGCGACGCGCCCAUUCACACUCUUAGUGUCGCUAUGUUCGUGCCGAAGAGCGAGAUCUGGUUCUUUAGGGAUAUUGGGUAUCAGCAUGAUAUCAAUCGGCACUGUCCGCCGAACAGUGCGCAUAGGUGUGACUGUGAGCCGACGCGGUUGGAUGAGAAUUUCUAUAAAUUGGUGCCGCUUGAGAGUCCGCAAAGGAAGCCGGCCGAUACGUGUAUUAGACGGUUCCUUGGCGGUGGGGGAUUGGUGGAGAAGAAGGAGGGGUGGAAUGCGGAUGUUGAGAGGGCGUGGGGUGGGGAUGGGUAUGGUGGGUAUGUUUUGAGUGGGCUGGAGUGA